AAAAACACAACAGAGUAGCUUUUUUUUUUUUUUUAAGAGUUGAAGAAGUGGACACGAGUCGUGAGUGGAACCGUGGCUAAGUGAGGAUGACAUCAGAAAAGGAGGAUUAAACUCCAGGGAUGUUUGAGCGGAGCCUGUAACAGCCAUGCUGUUACUUCCAGACAGACAGGUAUUAUGGCUUGAAUGAGCGACUCAGGGAAGAAGCGCCGCGACAAUAAAGGUGGGAGGCACGUUCACGGUCACCUGGAAGAGGAGGAAAGUUUACCGCGCCUGACUCGGAUACAAGUCCACUUUGUCACUUUUGGAUUUCUCAUCUCAGUAGCAAGGCCCGCAUUGGUUUGGUGUAGGCUCGAAACUGUUAAUAAUGUCCAAACCCGGGCUAAAGAAGCCCCACUGGAGCUCCCGGGUGAACGAGAGCGCCGUGAGCAAAGAUGCCCGCGGGGACUUGAACGUGUCUCUGCGCGGCGGAGCGGAGCGCGGAGAGUUCGCGUAUGUCGGGCAGAUCAGCCAGGAUGCGCUGAUCUACCAGAGUGGGAAAUUAAACGAAGGGGAACUGUUGCUGGAGGUGGAGAAUCUCUCCAUCUCGGGAUUACCUCUGUACGACGUGCAGACCGUGAUAAAGAACUGCAAAGGUCCCGUGAGGUUGAAAACUGUUAGACAAGGAAGCAAGCUAAAUAAGGACCUGAAGUACUAUUUGAGCCUGCGCUUCCAGAAGUCAUCACCCGAUCACGAACUGCAGCAGACCAUCCGCGACAACCUUUACCGUCAUGCAGUGCCUUGUACGACCCGCGCCCCACGUGACGGAGAAGUUCCUGGCGUGGACUACAACUUCCUCUCUGUAGAGGACUUCCUGGAAUUGGAGAAGAGUGGGACCCUCCUGGAAAUAGGAACAUAUGACGGUAACUAUUAUGGGACGCCCAAGCCGCCGGUGCAGCCUCCCAUUGGGAAAGUGAUUAGCAGUAGCGGUAGUGGCGGUGAUGCACCCCUGCCAGACGGGCUCACCAGUAGCCUGCCGGGCUCGCAGCACUCUAGUCCUCGACGAGCCAAGUCCUACAAUGACAUGCACAAUGCUGGAAUAGGGCUCGGAGAGCAGCCGCAGGAGGACGACGAGGACCUCCCUGAUAUGAACAGCAGCAUUACAGGAGAUUCUAGUGAAUUAGACGAAAUUCAUCACUCAGUACGACCCUACGUCCCCCGCCAGAGUGAGCUGUCCUACCCCGGGACGACCCCCUCACCAUCGGCCACCACGGAGAGCACACAGCAGACACACUCUCACCUGAGCCAUCCUCCCCCAGAGGAUCCCGUAGGACCUCUGCCUGACAACUGGGAGAUGGCCUACACCGAGAACGGAGAGGUCUACUUUAUAGACCACAACACAAAGACAACCUCCUGGAUAGACCCUCGGUGCCUGGACAAACCUCAGAAACCCCUAGAAGAAUGUGAAGAUGAUGAAGGGGUCCACACAGAGGAGCCGGAUAAUGAUCUAGAGCUGCCACCAGGAUGGGAGAAAAUAGAUGAUCCGGUGUACGGGGUCUACUAUGUUGAUCACAUCAACAGGAAGACCCAGUAUGAGAACCCGUUGCUGGAGGCUAAGAAACGGAGGCAGCUGGAACAGCAGCCGCCUCAGCCCCAAAGCCAGCAGCCACCUGAAGGUGAGCGCUACAUCCGAGAGUGGAUCGAGGACUCGGCGUUGGCCGGCGCUCCCCUGGCCAGCUACGCUGCCAGCCAUGAGACCUACCGGGACCCUCACACGGGUCCCCCGGUGUCCACCGCCGUGGGACAGAAACGAGGGAAGCCCUUCUUUACGAGGAACCGAUCUGAGCUGAACGGGACCUUUAUCAAUACCAAACUGAAGAAGAGUCGUCGGGGGUUUGGUUUCACCGUCGUUGGAGGGGAUGAGCCGGAUGAGUUCCUGCAGAUUAAGAGCCUGGUUCUUGAUGGACCUGCUGCCCUCGAUGGAAAGAUGGAAACAGGCGACGUGAUCGUGAGUGUCAACGAUACCUGUGUGCUCGGAUACACUCACGCCCAAGUUGUGAAGAUCUUCCAGUCCAUCCCGAUCGGUUCCAUGGUCAACCUGGAGCUGUGCCGCGGCUACCCGCUACCUUUCGACCCCGACGACCCCAACACCAGCCUGGUUACCUCAGUGGCCAUUCUGGACAACAAAGAGCCCAUCAUCGUCAACGGCCAGGAAGUCUCCAACAGCUACGACUCGCCGUCCAACUACGUGGGCCAGGGCACCAACAACGGGCCGGCCCACCCCGGGGCCCCCCUCAACGGCCUGCCCCGGCCCCACAGCCCCUCCACGGAGGCGGCCUCCGACACUUCCUCCCAGCACGGCUACUCCAGCGACGUGGUCACCAUGGCCUCGGCCAUCGCCACUCAACCGGAGCUCAUCACUGUGCACAUGGAGAAAGGAGACAAGGGCUUCGGCUUCACCAUCGCCGACACCCCCGGCGGUGGAGGACAGAGGGUGAAGCAGAUUGUGGACUACCCACGCUGCCGGGGCCUCAGGGAGGGGGACAUCAUUGUGGAGGUGAACAAGAGAAACGUGCAGAGCAUGUCCCACAACCAGGUGGUGGACCUGCUCAGUAAGUGUCCAAAAGGCAGCGAGGUCACCAUGCUGGUGCAGAGAGGAGUGGCACCUGCAAAGAAGAGUCCCAAACUGGAUUACUUUGAGCUGGCGCCUCCGUACAGAGAUUACACUCGGAGGCAACUGUCCAGGAAGGACAGUCAGAGCAGCUCCCAGCAUAGCGUCUCCAGCCACCGGAGCACCCACACAGAUUCGCCCGUGCACUCGUCCCUGGCACCCCCUCUCAGCGAGAGCAGCACCCCCCCUGCCCCCUCGCAGCCUUUGCCAGGCCUCCCAGCGCAGGACUCCCAAGCAGAAGGGGCCGUCCAGAGAAAACCGGACCCCUUUAAGAUCUGGGCCCAGUCCAGGAGCAUGUAUGAAAGUAGGCUUCCAGACUUCCAGGAGCAGGACAUUUUUCUAUGGAGAAAGGACACAGGGUUUGGCUUCAGGAUCCUCGGAGGCAACGAGCCAGGAGAACCUAUCUACAUCGGCCACAUAGUGAAGUACGGCGCUGCAGAUGAAGACGGUCGCCUGCGGUCCGGCGAUGAGCUGAUAUGUGUGGACGGCACCGCCGUGGUGGGCAAGUCGCACCAACUGGUGGUGCAGCUGAUGCAGCAGGCGGCCAAGCAGGGCCACGUCAACCUGACCGUGAGACGCAAGACCGGCUACGCAGUGAAAGCAGAGGGAGACGUGCCUCCGUCGCCGGCGUCUUCCCACCACAGCAGCACUCAGGCGCCCAGCCUGACAGAAGAUAUAGGCCGGCGCACGCUGCAGGGCAGCCAGAACUCCCUGAACACCGUCAGCUCCGGCAGCGGCUCCACCUCCGGCAUCGGCAGCGGCGGGGGAGGUCCCGGCUUGGGGGUUAGUGGGAACCCUGUGGUUGUCGCCGCCACCGCAGCCACCACCUCCUCUCAGCCCCCGAGCAGCGCCGCCGCCGCCGGCCCCAUCUCCUCCGUGCAGCCCUACGACGUGGAGAUCCGACGCGGCGAGAACGAGGGAUUUGGGUUUGUCAUCGUCUCAUCGGUGUCGCGACCCGAAGCAGGCACCACCUUCGCUGGAAAUGCGUGUGUGGCCAUGCCUCACAAAAUAGGGCGCAUCAUCGACGGGAGCCCGGCGGACCGCUGCGGGAAGUUGAAGGUCGGCGACCGCAUCCUGGCCGUUAACGGAUGCUCCAUCACCAACAAGUCCCACUCCGACAUCGUCAACCUCAUCAAGGAGGCCGGAAACACCGUCACACUUCGCAUCAUUCCCGGAGACGAGUCAUCGAAUGCGUCUUUGCUGACGAAUGCAGAGAAGAUCGCCACUAUAACCACCACUCACACACCCCAGCAACAGGUGGCAGCAGAGGCCAGGAAUAACACCAAACCAAAACAGGAAUCUUUUGAAUUUAAGUCCCCGCAAGCGGCCCCUCCCCAGCCCCCCACGCAGCAAGCGUCGGCUCAGGAUGGUGAGUUCUACUCGGUGGACCUGGAGCGAGACAACAAAGGCUUCGGCUUCAGCCUGCGGGGAGGCAGAGAGUACAACAUGGACCUGUACGUGCUGAGGCUCGCUGAGGACGGAGCAGCUGUGCGCAACGGAAAAAUGAGGGUCGGCGAUGAAAUCUUGGAGAUCAACGGCGAGAGCACCAAAGGCAUGAAGCACGCACGAGCCAUCGAGCUCAUCAAGAACGGAGGCCGGCGUGUCCAUCUGGUGCUCAAGAGGGGUGACGGCUCUGUGCCUGAAUAUGACGGCAGCCCCAACGACGGCAGCGCAGCCGACCCAGCCGCAGGGUUACAAAACGCUGCGGAAAUGAGCACGCUGCCCCCCACCAACGCACCAUCAGAGUCAAGUUUCCCACCAGAACCCCAGCAACCACACCGGAGCAAAACGGAGCCCAACCGCCGCGCAAACGGCACUGGCAGAACCCACCGUUCCCAUCACCGCCACCACUCCCCCAACAAAACCAGUAGGGGAAAACACAAGGGGAAGAAUCCGCCCAAGGCGGUGAAGAAGAAGGAUAACAAGGGAAGUGACGGGCACCGCCACCACUCUGGUGGGAACCACCAUAGCCAUCGCCACCGUUCUCCCCAGAAAGGGCACGGCCGCUCCCGGAGUGCAGAGAACCACCUGGACGGCCGAGGCCGGCACGGCCGUGGCCGCUCGCCCGAGAGGCCUCGCGGUCAGAGCUCCUCCAACCCCCGCCACCGCUCUCCCCAACGCUCUCCCCAACGCUCUCCUCAUCACUCGCCCCGCCGGCACAGGUCGCCCCACCGCUCUCGCCACCACUCCCCCACCAGACGUGGCCACCGCUCCCACGACCCCUACCAGCACGCCUCGCCGGAGAGACACAACCACGCCAACGAGAAACCCGCGGGAGACGAGGCCGCCGCGAAAGAGCCCAACAAGUCUCCUGAACCCACCUUCCCUUUCGAGGACACCCUCCUGCGAGAGUCCCUGGCCAUGGACCGCCUGAACAGGGACGCCACGCUCCCAUCGCUGCGGGGAGAGGCUCGCCCGUACGGGGAGGACAGUCUGCUGAGGAGAGUCUCCUCCAUGGAGAGGCUCUACAGGGGGGACCGGGGUGACGGGCUGCUGAAGAACUUGGCGGCAUCACGAGACCAGGAGGCCUCCUACAGAAACCCCACCCUGCCCAGACCCCGCACUCCUGAUUCCGAUUCAGCUUACCAGAGAUACAGCUCGCUGCUGAGGGGGCAGUCACCUGUGAUGUUGGAGAGGGGGCGCUACGCCAGCAGAGAUGUCACUCCCGAACCUCGUUACCGAGCACGCAGCCUGGGACGAGACAUCUCCCCGCCGAGGAGCCACAGGAGGCUCGACUCCGAGGAUGAAGAGGACGACGACAACUUCGUAGCGGAUAAAGUGAGGGAGUACUACAGCACGCUCAAGUCCAACCACAGUCUCUCUUCUCAGCCCAAGCGUCCCGAGCCUAAGAAGACCUACAAGGAUAAUCCCAAAGACCUGAGCAUCUGAUUGGCCUGCUGUCAGUUAACCUCAGAAAGCAUCCACACAACACCUCAAGUACUCACUCCCAUCGCCGCCUGGUUCUGCAGGAAUGCAACACGUUUGUGUUCGUGUCACACACCACACCAUGACACAAACAUUCAACACAUAUAUGCACUCAUACACAAAUUAUGUAACAAUGUUGAGUUACUAAUAAGACAGUAAUCCCCAAAUGACUUUUGAAACUUUUCUUUUUCAUUUUUUUAACUGUAUGUUUUUCUUCUUGUUUUUUGUUGAAGCAUUCUACAUUUACAGAUUUUUACAGAAAAAUGUAAAACCACAAAAAAACAAUGAUGUGCCUAAUUUUGUUUUUGAUUCAAUGUGUGGGGAGAAUUUUGUGCCCCACUGUCAGACAGAGAAAUGUACUCUUCCACACCGAUCCCAUGGAAGUACCGUGCACCUGGAUCACCGCUACUGGUGUGCAUGUCUUUACCGGUUCCAGUGUCUCUCUUUCCUGCCUUCAUUUUCUCUCUGUCUCUCUCUCUCGCUCUCUCUCUCUCUCUCUCUCUCUCUCUCUCUCUCUCUCUCUCUCUCUCUCUCUCUCUCUCUCUCUCUUGCUCUCUCUUCCCAGUGCCACUGUUUUUUAGACAUUUGACCAGACUAUAGCACAAGCCUGCAUUUGUUUGUAUAUUUUUGACAGUUUGCAGUGUGUGUACAUUCAGAGGUGAUCAUUUUAAAUGAAUGAAGGGAAAAUUAAGUUACACUAUGAUGAUGAUGUUAAAAUAAAAUAAUAUAUU